AUGGGGCGUCCGGAAGAGGAGCUGCUCGGCCGGCUGGAGCGCGCCGGGCAGCGCCACCUGCUGCGCUUCUGGGCCGAGCUGGGGCCGGGGCCGCGGGAGGCGCUGCUGCGGCCGCUGGCGCUGAUGGAGGCCGAGGAGCUGGCCGAGCACUGCCGCCGGGCGGCCCAGGCCUGCGCCCGCCAAGAACGGCCCGGCCCGGAGAAGCUGGACGGCCGCAUGGAGCCCCUCCCGCCCGAGGCGCUGGGCGGCGUCCGCAGCGGCGACCCGGAGGCUCUGCAGCGCUGGGAGAAGGAAGGCCUCCGCCAGAUCUCCCAGGGCAAGGUGGCGGUGCUGCUGCUGGCCGGCGGGCAAGGGACGCGCCUGGGGGUGCCCUACCCCAAGGGCAUGUUCGACGUGGGCCUGCCCAGCCACAAGACCCUCUACCAGAUCCAGGCCGAGAGGAUCCGCAAGGUGGAGCAGCUGGCCGGCGAGAAGUUCGGCUCCCAGAGCGUGGUUCCCUGGUACAUCAUGACCAGUGAGUUCACUCUGGGGCCGACGGAGAAAUUCUUCCAGGAUCAUAAUUAUUUCAACCUGGACAAGUCAAACGUGAUCAUGUUUGAACAGAGAAUGCUGCCGGCUGUUACCUUGGAUGGGAAGGUGAUCCUGGAGGAGAAGGGCAAGAUCGCCAUGGCGCCAGAUGGCAAUGGUGGCUUGUACUGCGCCCUGGUGGACCACAAGAUCCUGGAGGACAUGCAGCGACGGGGCGUCCAGUUCAUCCAUGUCUACUGCGUGGACAACAUCCUGGUCAAAAUGGCGGACCCCGUCUUCAUUGGCUUUUGCGUCUCGAAAGGGGCGGAUUGUGGUGCCAAGGUGGUGGAGAAAGCGUACCCCGCUGAGCCUGUGGGGGCCGUGUGUCGCGUGGACGGAGCAUUCCAGGUGGUGGAGUACAGCGAGAUUGCUGCGGAAACGGCCGAGAAACGCAGCCCUGACGGCCGCUUGACCUACUGGGCAGGAAACAUCUGCAACCAUUUCUUCAGCCUCGAUUUCCUUCGGGAGGUAGCGGAGCGAUUCGAGUCGCAGCUGACGCCCCACGUGGCCAUCAAGAAAGUGCCGUACGUUGACGAAGAGGGCAACCCGGUGCAGCCGCUGGAGCCCAACGGAAUAAAGCUGGAGAAGUUUGUGUUCGAUGUGUUCCCGUUUGCCAAGAACUUUGUCGCCUUUGAAGUCCUGAGGGAAGAGGAGUUCUCCCCCCUGAAGAACGCGGACACGGCUGCCAGAGACACGCCAUCCACGGCGCGGCGUUCGCUCCUCUCGCAGCAUUACCGCUGGGCCAUCAAGGCGGGGGGCAGAUUCGUGGCGGAGGGCGGGCAGCCGAUCCCGGAGAAGGAGAGUUUCUCCCAAGAUGAGGAACCGCCUGCUGUGUGUGAGAUCUCGCCUCUCGUCUCUUACUUCGGAGAGGGGCUGGAAAAAUAUAUGCGGGGCAAAAACCUUCGAUCUCCGUUUCUUCUUGAUGAAAGCAAUGCUGAAUUUUUAGCUUUGCGUGAAGCUGGAAAGCUCCUUUUUGGAAAAAAGGUCCACAUUUCUUUUAAAAACUAAAGCAGUUCUUUUUUUUUAAAAAAAGUAACUUUGAGAAAUAAUCAACAAGAACCAAGGUGUGUUUAACUCCUGGAGAAUUUUCUUCAUAUUAAA